CCAUGGACAGGACCGCGGUGGCCAAAAUGGGAGCGGUGGCCAGCGCCAGCGUGUGCGCCCUGGUGGGGGGAGUCGUCCUGGCCCAGUACAUCUUCACCAUAAAGAAGAAGACGGGCAGGAAGACCAAGAUCAUCGAGAUGAAAUCCAAAUUUGCCUGCUGCAUCCAUCAAAGCUGUUCAUUCAGUGAAGGUCAAAGGUUCUGUUGUUGGUGCACCAGCUGAUCGUCUGUAAGCUGUAUCCCUGAGCAUAACAAAGUGCUGUGCAUUGCUGAUGUGCGUCACAGGACCCUGGGUUUUUGCACAGGGAUUAGUCAGGCUGUAUUUGGAAACGCCCUCAACUGCACCUUGUGCUGCUAUAUUAGUGUUUCCCAAGCAAGAAGAAUUUUCUUUCACUCCUUCAGCUGCUCCGGCAAACCCCUCCGCCUGUAUGCAAGCCCUGCAUCUCUGGACGUUGCUUACCACCUAUGCUGUUGCAGUAGGACAAAAUCAAGGACAGAAGAAUCAAGAGUGCCCUAAGCUCAACGCACAGAUGCCAGAAUUUCAGAAGAAGACUGUCCAUAUCAAGGACCCAGGAAGAGUAGAAGAAAUCAUCUGUGGACUCAUCAAAGGUGGAGCUGCCAAACUUCAGAUCAUUACAGAUUUUGAUAUGACAUUAAGUAGAUUUUCUUACAAUGGAAAAAGAUGUCCAACAUGUCACAAUGUCAUUGAUAACUGUAAGCUCAUCACAGAAGAAUGUCGGAAAAAGUUAUUGCAGCUGAAAGAAACAUAUUAUGCUAUUGAAAUUGACCCUGAUCUUACCAUUGAAGAAAAAUAUCCUUACAUGGUUGAAUGGUACAAUAAAUCACAUACUUUACUUGUUGAACAAGGUUUACAAAAGGAUAAAUUUGCAGAGAUCGUGAGGGAAUCUGAUGUUAUGCUGAACAUUUCCAAAGAGAUGGAGCCGCCCCUGGUCAAACUGCUCCAGACUGGGAGCCUGCCUCUUGUCUGCCGUGCAGAGCGGGAGAGGGGACUGAUGUCGAGGGAAGGAUAUGAGAACUUCUUUGAUAAGCUCAAUGAACAUAAUAUUCCUGUGUUCAUAUUUUCUGCUGGGAUUGGAGACAUUCUAGAGGAAGUCAUCCAUCAGGCUGGUGUCUACCAUUCUAAUGUCAAAGUAGUUUCCAAUUUCAUGGAUUUUGAUGAGAGUGGUGUGUUAAAGGGAUUUAAAGGAGAAUUGAUUCAUGUUUAUAACAAACAUGAUGGUGCCUUGAAGAACACAGAGUACUUCAAACAGUUAAAAGACAACAGCAACAUCAUAUUGCUUGGAGAUUCACAGGGAGACUUAACUAUGGCAGAUGGAGUAGCAAAUGUUGAACACAUUCUUAAGAUUGGCUAUCUAAAUGAUAAAGUAGAAGAGCUUCUGGAAAAAUACAUGGACUCUUAUGAUAUUGUUUUGGUGAAAGAUGAAUCUUUGGAUGUGGCCAAUUCCAUCCUACAGAAAAUCCUGUAAAUUGCAUCCUCAAGUCACUCUACUUCUCCUAAUGGGACAACUGGACAGAAGAGCACAUUUGUGUUAUCUUAGAGCUGUGUUUAUUAUUCAUAUUGUUUUCUGAACUCUUGUAAUUCUUAAUUUAAAAAUUUUGAUCAUCACUUUGGUAUCUAAAAGUAAUAUACAGCAUCCAUUGUCAACUGGAAGCUUUACUGUUCUUAUGCCACCCCUCACUGUCUCUCACCUCUGCUCUGUUUUAACAAAUGUGAUUAACUUUACUGCUUAGAGGACAUUACAAUUUGUUCUUUUAAUCAUGCAUAUGAGAGGGGUGUUUUAGAAAUUGGAGUUAUUUUGUAACAUUUAAGAUGUAAACAUUCUGUGAUUAGCUAAUGUGCAGGGGUCUGUGUUGCAUUUUGUACAGUCCUGAGUUCUCUCUCACACAGACAGCUAUUUUCAAGAAUCAUAGUUGCACGUGAGGGUAGUGGUGUUAUUUUAAUGUUUCACAAUACAAGUUUUCAUAAUUUUUUUUCCCCUGGUGAAAAUGAUACAACAUAAAGAUGUGAUUCAGACAAAA